AUGCCAUGGGUCGCCAGAAGCUGCAGCGUCUCAGGCGACUGGCAGGAAACCUCUCCGGCAGAGCAGUGGGCAGCAGCUUCUUACGUGGUCUUCGGGACUGCCGAUGGUUUGAGUGGUUGUGGCAGUCUUUCUGCUGAUCAGCAAUACAAAGCAGAAGAUGCAGCCCUCUUCAACGCAUCGGGACUUUGUGUGCCGUCGGAGACGGGUUACCUUGUCCUUGUCCGCAAUGUGACCUUCACGAAGGGUUCGGUCUCGAACUGCAGCGAGAUUGUUGUGGGCGGCUUCGGCGGCAGAAGCGCCUGCAGUGUGGACCCGCCAGGUGUCAACUCAACAGGGACCUUCUUCCUCUGCAACGUAGUUGUUGAGGGGGGAGUUUGCAAAGGCACGAUGAAUCAAGAAGGCAACAUCCAUCUCGGCUUCGUUUCAGAGGCGGUCUCGGUGCCCGCUAGCACUCUCUGCCCGCAGGACGGCACCUGCUAUGACGUGACACGGUGCUCCGCCGGGUCUCUCUCGAGCAGCCACUGGAUCACAACGAUACCGGGCCUCUUGGGUGUUCUGCUCAUGCACGUCCUGUAG